GCGUAUGAUGUGAUCAUGCAGAGUCCCUCUGCGCGCUCAUCACGUGCUUCAGCUCGAUCCAUCCAGCCGCUUCAAGCAGAACAAACUAGCUCACCUCUCAAGAAAGGCUCGUGAAAAACCUAAGAAAAAGAUUGACGUCAAAAAGAUUAAACGAUUCGGACACAUCGAGCUGAGCGCGAAGGAAUCGGAUGUGAGUGGAAGUGUUGGGAAACCUCCAGGACCAAGUGCCUUUCCUCGUCUCCGGCAGCCCGUGGGAAGUUUCUUUCCAUGUGAAAACCAUCUGACACACAUGAUCUGCUCCAUACACACUCAUUCUGGACCAGCGGGGACACUUACAUAUCCAUAGAUUGUAUAACAACCAAGAGAAGACGAGACCGGAUCGUAUAUAUGAACUGGGGUGCAUGCAUAAAUGCCAAGAAACUGCAUUAGAGAGACCUCACCCAAAGAAAACGAGAUCAUUUUGUGGAAAAUGGACCUGCCAAAUAAGGAGAGACGGUCACCGGAGAACGGCCCCAGCUCGGCUAGGCCCUGUUGCUCAAGCCUCAAGAUGUUCCUCGUGGCCUUGUCCUUUGCCUACUUCGCCAAGGCAUUAUCCGGGAGCUAUAUGAAAAGCACAAUAACUCAGCUGGAAAGACGCUUCGACAUCCCCAGUUACUUAAUAGGUGUCAUUGAUGGAAGCUUUGAAAUAGGUAACUUGUUAGUGAUCGCCUUCGUGAGUUACUUUGGUGCCAAACUUCACCGUCCGAAGAUCAUCGCCAUCGGCUGCCUGUUGAUGUCACUUGGGACUUUUCUGAUUGCCUUGCCCCAUUUUAUAAUCGGACGCUACAAGUUUGAAACAUCGAUUCGAUCAUCAGUGAACUCAACCAAUAGCCUCUCUCCAUGUCCAGUGAGGUCUAGCGUUCUGGCCGCAGGUCCCAGCGCUUCUUCAAUGCCGAGCUCAGGUUGCGAACACGAGUCCAGGUUGUCCAUGUGGAUCUAUGUUUUCCUUGGGAAUAUCUUGCGAGGAAUCGGCGAGACCCCAGUGCAACCUUUGGGAAUCUCAUACAUCGAUGAUCACGCUCUGGAGGAGAAUGCAGCCUUCUACAUCGGAUGCGUCCAGACGAUAUCAGUCAUCGGUCCGGUGUUUGGCUACCUGCUGGGGUCUGUCUGUGCCAAGAUAUACGUGGACAUUGGAUUUGUCAACAUGGAGAGCAUUAGCAUCACCCCGGGAGAUGCACGCUGGGUAGGCGCCUGGUGGCUGGGAUACCUCAUUGCAGGACUCAUCACCCUGCUCUCGGCGAUGCCGUUUUGGUUCUUGCCCAAGUCUUUGCCCCUGCCAGAGAGACGGCUUGACAAGUAUUCUCCAGAGCGGACCAGCUUCAUCAAAGACUCGCCCCUGCUGGAGCACAAGUACCAGGCAGACGAGCCAGCUAACUUCCUAGAAAUGGCCAAAGACUUUUUGCCAACGCUCAGAUCCCUUUUGGGGAAUCCAGUCUACUUUUUGUAUCUCUGUGUCACCAUCAUCCAGUUCAACUCUUUGAUCGGUAUGGUGACGUACAAGCCAAAAUACAUCGAGCAACAUUACGGACAGUCAGCGUCCAAAGCCAACUUCUUAAUGGGAGUGAUCAACAUCCCAGCCGUGGCCUUGGGAAUGUUCUCGGGAGGUGUGAUCAUGAAGAAGUUCAAGCUGAGCAUCAUGGGAGCAGCCAAGUUUGCACUGGGAACGUCUCUUCUGGGCUACUUCCUGUCGCUUUUCUUCUUCGCCAUGGGAUGUGAGAAUGCCAGUGUGGCCGGCAUCACCAGGUCGUACAAUGGGACGGAAAGUCUGUACAAAGUGGACAGUUCUCUCUUAGCGUCCUGCAACGCAGACUGUCAGUGUCCCGAAACAAACUGGGACCCCGUGUGCGGUGAGAACGGCCUCACCUACUUCUCCCCCUGCCUGGCUGGAUGCCGGACGUCCCACGGCUCUGGAGUGGACACGGUGUUUGAGCAGUGCAGUUGUGUAGCAGUCGGGAAUCAUACGGCCAGUGUGGGCCAAUGCAACAACACAGACAGCUGCCAUCGAGUCUUCCUCUACUUCCUGGCUCUGUCUGUCAUCACUUCCUUUAUCAUCUCGCUGGGCGGAACACCAGGAUACAUGCUGCUCAUCAGAUGCAUCAGACCUCAGCUGAAGUCUUUAGCUUUGGGUUUUCACACAUUGACGACACGCACUCUAGCUGGAAUUCCAGCUCCUAUAUACUUCGGAGCCAUCAUAGACACCACCUGUCUGAAAUGGGGUCAGAAGAAAUGUGGUGGGAGAGGAGCCUGUCGAAUCUACAACACCACUGCCUACAGGAUAGCAUAUCUGGGCCUGACGCUGGGCUUGCGGACCGCUUCCUUCUUCCUAUGCAUUCUCGGGCUGGUGGUGUUACGACGGCACGUUCGGCGGCAAGAGCGCAACACGUUCGCAAACGGAGGCACGGGGGCCGCAGCCGGCGAACUGCAGGCCCUCAGGAAAGAAGAAAACAACAGCUGUAACUCGGACCAAUGCCCGCGGACCAUAGAUUACGACCCGGAACAGGAGACGCGUUUGUGACUUGCGUACAUGCACACGCACGCCUGCGCAGGGAGCAACAGGGCCGUGAUGCGGCGUCUGUUUCACACUUUCUAUCAGACUCAUGUAAAUGAUGUGAAAUAAGUCGUUUUUGAUAUAGUAGAAGUAUUUCUUGAAUGUACAUGAUGUUUUGGGUAAAAAAAGAAUGUCUUACAAAGUACCUAACUUGUUUGGAUUUAACGUAAAGAAGCUUUUAGAAGCGUCAGAUGCCCAAAUAGAGCACUGGAUUUCCUCUCAUUUAAGCCAUCGUCGUGCACAGGCCCUAUAAGGUUAACAUGAUUAUACCUUGUGGGUACAUGAUCACGUCUGUUGUAUCUCUCUCUUCUGCCAUACACACAGAUAAGAUGCCUGAAACAGUUGACCACGACACUGUGUGCUUAAUAUAGGUAGGCCUUGUUAAGCGGGCUAUAGGUUGACUAAGUUGUUGGAGAUCUCGAAUUGCGUCCCAUUUGUAUUGUCAUGCAGGAACGAAACGCUCACCAUUGUGCUUUUCAGUGUCACCUGACAGCAGUUCCUUCCAUUUAAGAAACGCGCGAGGAACGGGCCAGAACUGUGCAAACAGGUGCGUGACACCGUGGGUAUGUAAGUAAUCAUCUUCAUGAUCGAUGUUGUGCAAUGUCACUGUGCGAAAUGUUGUGCGUGUGUGUGUCGUUACGUGUGAACGUGUGCAUUCCUGUGCCAAAAAAACACAAAAAGUGCGAGAAAGCAAAGUCAACAUGGUCUAUUCUCAGGUCGUUCAAUCAAUUGUUCCUCAAAUCUGCAAAUAAUAUUAUUUUAUAUAUUUGUAUAAAUCAUUGUCUGGUUUCAGCUGGCAAAAAUGUUCCUUUGUCCUUGGCAAGGUUUGUUCAUUUCGGGCAACUGAAGUUUACCAGUUAAACAAAGAAUUUUUAUUUGUGACUUGUAAAGCAAAUAAAAUGAGUGGCAUUUAUUACUUGCUUUUACGUUAGGCAGUAUAUAAUUUUAUUUGCUGGAAUGUUUUUUGUAUACUUUAAAGUGAAUAUCCUGAUGUGUAAAAAAAAAUGCAUUUAUGUGAAAGAUUAGAUACGUUCCUUUAAAAAUAAAAUGAUUAACUUCAUUCCGAGAGAGAACUACAAUCAGUACCGCUUUUCGCUUUAAUCGUGAAAAUGGCAUAUACAAUCACAGCAAAAUGUAAACGAGGCACUUAGGCAGGUGAUUUUUGCACCCAUUAGAAGAACAUAAGAUUAAUAAAAUAGCAUAUUCAACCACAUUUAACUGGAAGAUACCGAUACAACAAAGGCAUAAACAAUCCCCUUAUAAGACAUUUCAGAACAUUUUCCAUCCUUAGGGAAUCAGCCAACCAUACCAUCUUGCAUAGCAAUGACAACUAAGAACAUUUUCAGUUUUCUCCCUAAUUUUUCUGCGUCUGAGGGAGAGGAAGUACGCGUGGAAGCCUUGUGCAUCAUAGACGCAUGUACUGACAGCAUGGUUUUCUACGCCCACAUGGUGGGUGACGGCUUAUUCUUAGUAAAUGGGGAAAAAAUUAUAAUCUUAUUCCAAAAAAUCUGAUUUAGCCGUGUGGUUUUUUUUCUGUCUUACAGUGCAGGAUAAUUUUCACAGUCUUUUAAUCUUCACACAAGUCUAAAUAGUUUUAAUUGUAACAUUUUGUGACUAGAAUAGGCGAACAAUUAAAUAAAAUACCCAGCCCUCACCAAUAACAGAGUAAAUCUCACCAAAAAAAAUGCAAGCUAUAUUUGGCAUAAAGAAAAUUAAUAAUUCUCAUCAGUGUAACACAUCUGGACAUUUGUUUUUGUAAAUUCAUUGUUUUGAAUAUUCAUCAUUACACUAAAAUAAAUGUAUUGCUUAUUCUUUUUUUAUUUUGAAAAUGCAUGGA